GCCGGCCGCUUGGAAGCCCUGGAUCGAGAGCGAUCGAUCGUUGGGAGCCGCCGCUGGCUGCCGUUGUGCCUGGCGUUCCUCCUCCAUGAGGAAAAUGCUGGCCUCUUUGGUGUCCCACGUGUUCUCAGGGGUGAACCAGAAGCCGGCGAUGAGAGGGCUGCUGGCGUCCCUUAACUUCUCCAACGACACCACCUGUGACAUUAAGAAGUGCGACCUGUACCGGCUGGAGGAGGGGCCCCCCACCUCCACGGUGCUCACCAGGGAGGAGGCCCUCAAGUACUACCGCGCCAUGCAGGUGAUCCGGCGCAUGGAGCUCAAGGCUGACCAGAUGUACAAGCAGAAGUUCAUUCGCGGCUUCUGUCACCUGUGCGACGGGCAGGAGGCCUGCUCCGUGGGGCUGGAGGCGGGCAUAAGUCCUUCGGACCACAUCAUCACGUCCUACCGGGCUCACGGCCUGUGCUACACGCGGGGCCUGCCGGUCAGAUCCAUUCUGGCAGAGCUGACGGGGCGCCGGGGAGGCUGUGCCAAAGGCAAGGGGGGCUCCAUGCACAUGUACGCCAAGAACUUUUACGGGGGCAACGGCAUCGUUGGGGCGCAGGUGCCCCUGGGAGCUGGUGUGGCUUUCGCCUGUAAAUACUUGGGAAAUAAUGAGAUCUGCUUGACCGUGUACGGCGAUGGCGCGGCCAACCAGGGGCAGGUAGCUGAGGCUUACAACCUGUCAGCCUUGUGGAAGUUACCCUGUGUCUUCAUCUGUGAGAAUAACCACUACGCAAUGGGCACGGCUAUCGAGAGAGCAGCAGCCAACACUGACUACCACAAGAGAGGCAAUUUUAUCCCCGGACUGAGGGUGAACGGAAUGGAUAUUCUCUGUGUCCGCGAGGCCACCAAGUUUGCCGCUCACUACUGCAGAUCUGGCAAAGGGCCCAUUUUGAUGGAGCUGCAGACCUACCGGUAUCAUGGACACAGUAUGAGCGAUCCAGGCAUCAGUUACCGUACCCGAGAAGAGGUCCAAAGCAUGCGGAGCAAGAGCGAUCCUAUUAUGCUGCUCCAAGAGAGAAUGAUAAACAGCAACCUGAGCAAUGUGGAGGAAUUGAAGGAAAUCGACGCGGAUGUGAAGAAAGAAAUUGAGGAAGCCGCCCAAUUUGCCACAACUGAUCCAGAACCAGCUUUGGAAGAAUUAGCCUAUCACCUCUACUACCACAAUCCGCCCUUUCAAGUUCGUGGUACAAACAAGUGGAUAAAAUAUAAGUCCAUCAGUUAGACAGAUUACUUGAGGAUUCGUUACAAAUUCCUCAGUGGGUUAUUUAUGCUCAACUUUAGGACACUUUUCAAGUUUGUUAAAGAGUAAUAAAUAAAACACCAUUAAAGACAAAA